ACUAUGGCAAAGCGGCUGGUGGCGUGGUGGAAGACAGUGAGGCGGAGGCUGGAUGGUUCGGAGGUGUAGCCAUCCUUGUGGUGCUUUUGGUCUGCACCGCCCUGGCGACAGCCUUCGGCGACUGGAGUAAGGAGAAGCAGUUCCGCAGUCUCCAGAGCCGCAUGGAUCAGGAGCAGAAGUUCACCGUGGUCCGGGCAGGGCACGUGAUCCAGAUCCUUGUGUCGGAGAUGGUCGUCGGAGAUAUCGCACAAGUCAAAUAUGCUGACCUCCUGCCUACUGACGGCUUCCUGAUCCAGGGCAACGAUCUGAAGAUUGACGAGAGCUUUCUGACCGGGGAGUUUGAUCAUGUGAAGAAGAGUGUCGACAAGGACCUCAUGUUGCUGUCAGGUACCCAUGUGAUGGAGGGCUCUGGCAAGAUGUUGGUCACUGCUGUUGGAGUGAACUCUCAGACUGGAAUCAUCUUCGCGCUGCUUGCUGCUGAGGAGGAGGAAGAUGACUGUGAUUGUGCUGAGAAUGCUGACAAAGAAAAUAAAUACCAUUAUUAA